AUGAUAGGUUUGUCUGUUUCCGAUGAGUUGCUCGGCACCGUAGCUCCGAUUGUUGUUUACUGGCUCUACUCUGGGAUCUACGUGGCGCUGUCGUCUCUGGAGAGUUACAGAUUGCAUUCAAAGGCGGAGGAAGAAGAGAAGAAUCUCGUCUCUAAGAUAGCUGUCGUGAAAGGUGUUCUUCUUCAGCAGCUCGUUCAAGCUGUCGUCGCUAUCAUCUUGUUCACUGUCACAGGAAGUGAUGACGAAGCAGACAAAGCACAAGAGUUUUCUCUUCUAGUCCUAGCCAGACAGUUUGUGGUAGCCAUGAUAGUCCUCGACACAUGGCAAUACUUCAUGCACCGUUACAUGCAUCACAACAAGUUCUUAUACAAACACAUCCACUCUCAACACCACCGUCUCAUCGUCCCUUACGCAUAUGGAGCUUUAUACAACCACCCAGUGGAAGGCCUUAUCUUAGAUACAGUAGGAGGCGCCUUGUCGUUCUUGAUAUCCGGUAUGUCACCAAGAACGUCCAUCUUCUUCUUCUCCUUCGCCACGAUCAAGACCGUGGACGACCAUUGCGGUCUCUGCCUUCCUGGCAACUUGUUCCAUAUGGUGUUCAAGAAUAACUCGGCUUACCACGAUGUGCAUCAUCAGCUCUAUGGAAGCAAGUAUAAUUUCUCUCAGCCUUUCUUUGUCAUGUGGGAUCGGAUUCUUGGAACUUACAUGCCUUACUCUCUUGAGAAAAGAGAAGAUGGAGGGUUUGAAGCACGUCCUACUAAAGAGUUUAAAGAUGAUUGAUUAAUGUUCUGUAUCUCCUUUGAGGUUGGAUAAUGGAUGGAUACACUUUGGUAGUUUUUUAAACCAGAAACUGAACCGGUUUGCCUUUUUCUCACGAGGGAGUUAGCUGGAGUUUGAGAUUUUGUAUAUAUACAUUCUUAAGUUGUUCUACUCUUGUUUUUGUCUUUCUUGUAUUAUGAGAUUUUUACAACAACUUUGUUCCUAUUUAUUUACUAGGUGAUUUUCCCGUGCUUAUGCACGGACAUAAAUAUUUAUAA